CAACGUCUUAUUGAGCCAAGAUCUUCCUUUGAUGGAUGAACGGGCCCACAGGUCUCAGGCCCCAGGGCCCAAAGUGUCAGCGGGCCCUCCUCGCCUUCACCUACAAAAGAUCACUCAAAGAGAUGGAUAGCAACCAGGAAGACACUCAAAAAACUCACAAAGAAACAGAAAAAACUACAAAGAGGAACACAAUGACUACAAAAAGACACGAAAUUACCAAAAAGAGACUAAAUGUUUACAAAACGACACAAAAUGAAUACAAAGAGUCACAAAAUGACCACACACACAAUAAAGCCUACCACAAAGAGACAAAACCAUGAAAAUAUGCAUGUCAAAUACAAAGUCUGUGUGUUUUGCUGCUUUGUUGGUAUCUUCUAAUCUGAUGGGUAAAAGAUGAAAAUAAUUUGCAUUGAUGUCGCCUAUAAUACUGUAAGGAAUUCAGGAAAUCAGAAAGGUUAUACAUUGAUUUUUGUACUAUUUAGGCACUGUGAAUGUAAACAAACCACAUAUCAUAUAUGUAUAUAUAUAUAUUAUACAGAGCCUUCUCCUUCACCCUUCAGAUUGUGUCUCUGAUAACGGAUACUUCAUGUAUGCUGACUUUUGGUGUGCCAUGUACUCCAGAGAGCGGGCGCAGGUGGAGUAUCUGGUCGACUAGUAUUUCAACAAAGAGUUUAUGAUGCAGUACAACAGCAGGGUGGGGAACUGGACCGGCUUCACUCCCGCUGGGUUGAUCUCUGCGUCGAUGUUGAAUGAAGACAAACAUGACGUUCUGCAGAGGAAAGUGGAGAGGCAGCAGAUAUGUGUCAACAACGUCGGUUUGAUAUUCAACACAACUGAGGAGAACAUGGCUGAACCCCGCGUCACUCUCGGGCAGACCAGCAGCUCCAGUCCCGACAGCAUGCUGGUGUGCAGCGUUUACGACUUCUACCCCAAACAUAUCAGGGUAGCGUGGUACCGGAACGGACAGGAAGUGACCUCGGGCGUGACCUCCAGUGAGGUGAUGACAAAUGGAGACUGGACCUAUCAGGUGCACUCUUACCUGGAGUUCACGCCAGGCCGGCGGUACAAGGUCAGCUGCAUGGUGGAGCACGCCAGCCUCAGAGAGCCCAAGAUUUAUAACUGGGAUUCUUCCUUAACUCAGUCUAAGAGGAGCUACCUGAUUGGUGGACUUUGUACUCUGCUGCUGGGAGCUGUGUUUCUGUCCUCGGGACUGAUCCGCUACAGAAGGAAGAGCUGCGACCCCCGACUGUCAGGCACUUUAUAA